AUGUUGUCCGGAAGAAUACUGGUUACGGAGAAGAAGGAAAUAGAUCUUCGUCUGCGUUUUCAUACAGUCAGCAAGGAAGAAGCCGAAGGGCCAUCUAUCACGACUGAUGACCCUGUUCGUGCUGUUCGCCUUGACUACGACAUCCUCAGGUCCGUAACUCUGGAUACGUCCUACUUGCUUUCGCGUGCAUUGGUGGAAUUCCUUGAAGUCCGUGUAUUCAUUUGA